CUAAACCCAGUGUGUGAAUUUGGCCAUAGGAUACCAACUGGGAGCAGUCCAUUCCCGACUCGAAGCUAAUUAAACAGCGGCUUAGAAGAACUGUCUAAUGUGCACAUGUCGUGUGUGUAUGUCACGGCAGCGACAAGCUACUAGACGAUAAACGGAUACUACUUCUUGUGAGUAAUCAGAAUCUUUACCUGACGCUUGGAUAUAUAAGACAAAAUAGUACAUUAAUAAAGCUCGUUGUUGUUUAUGCUUUGUUCUGUAGUUCCUGGACCUACAAAAGGUGAUAAGCUUGAGUACAAUGCCUUCUUCAGGAGCUACAACCAUUGAGCGCGCGUCGAACUCUUCCUCGUCGCCUGAAAAGAAGUCGCCGCCCAAAGCGAAACGGCCUCGGCUGUCGGUCACUAUUGAAAUGCCCGAGAGUAAUGACCGGUUCUGUUGGAAAUGCCACGGGGAGGAUGCGAACGUACCUUGCACAGCGUGCCAGAGGUCAUUUCACGAAUAUUGCGUACCUCCCCCGAGUCACCAGCAGCACGAAUUGCAACAAGUAAAUAGUCAAUCCAAAGCAGGGGAACGACCGAUCGUUAUUGGCAGCAGCAAUCAUCCAAUGACACUAACAACAUCAGCUGGGGUCACCGCUGCAAGUGCAAAAUCCAACAGAAACAAUGAAGCAACCGACCAACUGGAUGAUGAACAACAAGACCUACACAAUUUCGUUUGCGCGGAGUGCUUAAGUGUGAUCCUAGUUGAACGUGGUCGGCGCGAAGGAAAGCAACCAAGAGGAUCUCUCGAUAAGCUCGACAAGCAACAGUUGUCCGAACUUUUGCUGGUAGCUGUUCGCUCGAUACGUCCCUACGCGCUCGAGGUUUUCCACGCUCCCGUGUCACUUGAGGAAUACCCGGAUUACAAAGAUUUUGUGGUCAAACCUUUUGAUCUCCAACAACUUGAACAACUCGUCACCAAACAAAGGUAUUCAUGCGUUGAGGAGUUCGUUUCGGACCUCAAAUGGAUUCAUCAUAACUCCGUUGUCUACAAUGGUCCACAGAAUCGGAUCAGUUCUUCGGCUGUAGCAAUGCUGAAAGCCGCUGACAAAGAGGUCGGUGAAAUGUCGCUAUGCCCUCAGUGCUACUUGCAUAUGCGAAGAGCUACCGCAUCUCAAAGCCAGUCCGCUUCGCCGGCCUCUGGUACAGCUCUAAGUAGCAGUAAUGGAAAUUUCUUCUCUGAGGUCUGCUCCCCUCCGCAUAUCAUUGUGUGGGCCAAAAUUCGAGGAUUUCCACAUUGGCCUGCCAAGGUGAUGCGAGUGGAGGGCGACCAGGUGACGGUCAAGUUUUUCGGCGAUCAUAACAAAAGUCUCGUGACACUCGGCAACUGCACGAUCCUCACCCAAAAACCACCUGUAAAUCAGAAAAGCAAAAAAGGCUCUUACAGCACAGCGAUGGACGAAAUGGCUACCUAUGUUCGGAAAUAUCGCGAGCGAUUUGGUGUCGACUUCCGUUAUGAGACGGAUCAAAUCAAAUUGACGACUGAAAUCUACAACCAACGCAUGAGUGCCCCACCUAAUGGAAGUCAGCCAUUAACUGUCGCCCUCGGAUCCCAAGAAGCUUCUGCCAAAGAAAACGAACUCGAAAGAAAGGCGCUUGAAGCUUCCAGUGCUGUUGGAUAUAGACUCGAGACCACAGCUCUUACUCAUGCGGUGCCUACUCAUCCCGCAGAAGCCGUCCCGACGGAAGCUAUUAAUGCAGUAGUGAAAUUAAGGAAUUCAGAGGAAACUGUUGCUGCGACGGGCGGCGCUAAAGACAUAAACUACCCAUCUUCGCAAAAGUGCAUAGCCGCGGCCAUUGUAAAAGCAAAUAACAUGCCGACGUCGGUAGAACCGCUGCCAAUGGACGUCGAUGAGCGCGAGGAUGACGAAGAUGAAGAAGAGCGAAGGAUCAAGAGCGUCAUUAUUUCCCAAGUUCCGCUGCUAGCGGACAACGACGAUGAUGAUAAAGACAGUGGGUCUGAAGAGCAGAAUUCAAUUCUGGAAAGCAUUAAGCGUAAGUUGAACCUCGAUAAGAAAUCCGAUUCGACCGAUGAUGACAAGGAAGAUAACGGAAAUGGAAAAGAAAUUAUUUCAGCUACUGCAGCUGCUGCUACCGAAGCUAUUGCAACAGCUGCAAACAGCAGUAGCAACAACAGCAAUGGCGUUAAUAAUAUCAGUUACGCUACCAACAGUUCAGCGUCGAAGGAUACCAACAAAGCAGACAAGGGUAUCAACAACAAUCUUAACGACAACAACAAUACCGAAAGUAACAAUCCUAAUGGGAUAACGCUACGAAUACCAGAUAAAGAUUUUAAGUCCGAUCUUCAUCCUGAUAUUCAACUGCAGCAGAUGCAAGCAACAGCAGUGAUCGCCCAAAAUUUGGGACGUCAUCAAAGCAGUUCCGACAACAGUAGUAACAACAGCAACAACAGUAAUAGAAGCAGCAGUAACAGUCAUUCUAACAACAGCGGAAGCGGCAACAGCGCCAAAAAUGAACGAAAAUCCCAGUCAGCGGCUGAGGAUAGUCAUGAAAAACCCCAGCGUGAGGCGAAGCCGAUAAAAGCUGCUAAGGAUCAACAGCAACUCAAAAGCGAUCAAUAUAAUUGCAGCGUAAAGGAGGAGAAAGAAGGCAGCACUAGUAGCAAUAGCAGCGGAAGUAGCAAUGGUAGUGGUUCGGUAGCGAAGGAGCACAUAGACCGAGAGAAAGACGGUGGUCGAUCAGCCUUGAUGAACGCAAGCGGUUCAUCGUCAAGACGGGAAUCAUCAAGGGCACACAUGAAUAGCAAUAGCUAUAAAACAAACGUGAACAGCGGUGAUCUGAAUGCGACAAAUGAAAGGCAACGAUCUAGGACUAGGGUGCGAGGCACAAGAACAGGCGUUGCAGAGCAACAGGAUCUCGAGGAUUUGGAGAGCCCGGCGUCGCCGCCGCCUUCCGCUGCUCCUUUAGUGGCAGGUCUCGUUGGUGGUGUUGAGGAUGCCAGCCUUCUUGCAGCAGCCGCCGCUAUAGGGUUAGCAGGCGCUGCCGCGGCGGCAGCUGCUGCAACAGGACAGCAACAACACCAGCAAGGAAAAGGGACGAGGGCUGACGCCGGGGCUGGCGGUUCCAGCCACUUUGGAGCCAACAAAGGCGUUCUAGCUGGGGGAGUGUUGGGCUUGGGAGUAACUGGUCUCUUGGCUGUUGAAGACACACCUAAAUCGCCAGAAAGGACCAACUGCUGCGCCGAAGUAUCGAGCACGACAGCUGAUACAGAUCCCCCCCAAGCAACACACCUGGCCAACACCAAUAAUCAGAGUACCCUAACGGCCACUACCACCGUCAUACCAAAAGUUGCAAGCGGGGAUACCUUUUUUGAGAAGCUUCGACAAACGAUCGAGGAGUGUAAAGAGAAGGUGGGCGUAACCGGGCACCUCAGUCAACUGCAACCGAUUGCAGCUGGCGGCGGAGUUAUUGGAACUCAUCCGGAAGAUGAAGAUCAGGAGGAAGAAGAGGGCCAUGAUUAUGAUGAAUCAGAAACGGACGUUUCCGAUACCGAACUCAUGCCGUAUCAGCAAAAGGCACUCCAGCUACCGUCGCCUCGAAAGGAGAGCACGGCCCCACCAACCGAUGAAGCUGCCCUGUUAUCUCUGGCGUCGAGUCAGUGUUUCACGCAUCGCGAGACACAAACCGGGGAUAUACCAGCCCAUAGCCUAAAUUGGACCAGUGACGAUUGGGCCUUGCAUUACUGGAACGCACCGCGUGUGCAUCCAGAUGAUAAGCGACUAAAUCAGGAGCUGGUAGCUCGUGAAAUGUCUCUGCUCAAGGACAAACUAAAGUUAAAAGAAUUGGCGGCGCAUAAAGCCCUUUGGCAGGCAUCGGCCACCCGGAUGACGGACGUUGUCAAAUCAAAACAGUGGUGCUGCGUUUGCAAGGGCUUGGCAACGAUGACAUGCUGUUGGAAUACGUCGUACUGCUCGCAGGCCUGUCAAAGUUCUCAUUGGCCAGUUCAUAUCAAAACAUGUGAACGAUCUCAGCAGACCUCCAAAAGAUAGAGACGUCAACUAACUUCGGUCACCAUAUGAAGCCAACUCUUGUAAUCAUCAACGAUAUAAUACCAACAUACUGUUGGGUACCAUCUAUCAAUCAGUUUAUUACCUGAUCACACGAAGUAUACGCAAAUUAAUAAUAAGUAAAAGACUUCUUGGGCAAUUAAGUCAUCGAAUUACGAGCGCGAGUGGAAGAUUAAUAGAUGGUCAAACCCGGGUCAGGAACGAAUCGAUGAAUAAGAAAGCGAAGAAAGAAAGGUAUCAUCCGCCUUUUUUCUACAACCUAAAAAGACUAGCACCGACAGAACUUCAUAUUUACUAUCAUUGCCAAUUCACACCGUAAUAAAAUUAUCAUUGAUUGACUGUUAACGGGAUCUUCCAGGGGAAUCAAUAUACCUUUUACCAUUUCUUUCGGCUUGAUACUAAUAUAGUGAUUUUUCCCAAGACAAUUGUAACAUGACCUAUUCAGGAAAACUGAGCUAUACUGUAUAUUGUUAAUGCAAUAACGAACAUGAAUGACUUCGAUUGCAUCGGGCAACCGAGCUAAGUGUACAUUGAUUAAUCCACCAGUUACAGCAAAGAAACUUUUAAGGGAACACAACGUUAUGAAGGACAUUGGUGUUAUGAGCCGUCGUAGCUCGAGGAUUCUCCCCGAAAAUGAACUACCAGCUAACGCUUUGAUGAAACCGACAAACUGCCGUUCGCGAAUUGCUUGUCGAGCGACUUAGUAAUAGUGGUGGCGAAAGUAUUCUUGCAAGGAAGUAGUGUAAUAUGCUGAGCUGCGCUAACCGAAAUAACAAAUAGGGUCUGUGGCCUCACGCACCCUUUAUGUUAACUCCCGUCUCAAUAAUAACUGUACAGUGCGAAAAUGUUGAAACUAAUGACAUAGGCAAACUUUAAACCAACACAGUUCGUUCGCAACACGUCAGUGGAUGUUGCUUUGUUCGUCCACUUUCGAAUGGUAGAAUAAUCGCCGACUUCACGCAGGGCGUGGUUGCGAAACACGUGAUUAAUUAAAAACGACUCAGUUUUCUCAGUAGUCUGGUAGUGGGAGAUUGGCUCCUUAGCAAGAAGAGGCAGUUCCAAAAGAAGGAACAGUCGUCCCUUAUCGUCCUAGCUGCCCAAUUUGUUCAAAUAUCGGAUCGAAGAAUCACCUCUCGUCAUUUCUGUGAAAUUAGUAAAAAAACAUCCCUAGUUCAAAAAGAACAGAGCGUUGUACUCUAGGCCAUGCAUCUUUUCUAGAUAAAAAGCUGGAAGGGCAAGAUCAAAGGUUGUACCAAGCUUUAUAAUACUUUAUAACUCUUUUCAGGCCAUUCUGCAAUGUUAAAUUGCCUCAUUGUAAAAUUUCUGUAUUUCUGCUUAUCAACAUAUGCCCCCUUUGGUUACGGCAGGAGAAAACCCGAAACGUUGAAAGGAAACCCGAAAGUUUGGUAUGAAAACAAGAACGCGGUUUAAUCCGCUAACAAUGUGGGAAAGCUAACAAGUGAUACGGAUCUUCAUCGUUCAUUUAAUGACGAAAAAGCUAUUUGUGUACAGCUAUACAAAUUAUAUCUAUAUAUGGUAAUUAUACGAUAAUUGUAGACUGAGAAAUAUAAACACCUCUCAUCUGGUAUUGAAUAGCAAUAAUAAUAAUCUCUCCGUUAACGCAUUGCAUGGCGUGGUAUUGCGAUACGUCGAUGACGCAGUAUGUGUGUGUCUAAGAAUGUCGAGGAAAGAGGAGUAUACAUAGUUUGAGUGCGACUUGUUGUAAGCGCUAUGUGACCAGGAGCCGGCUCUUCCCCAGCUCUGUCUAUAGGAGCAUAGGUAGUUGUGUUGUGUUACGUGUGAGUUUGGUGAGAUAAAUAACAUGGAUCGAGUGCAAAACAAAUCGACGAAGAGAGGACGAGAUAUCAUGUUCAAGUUUGCUAGAGACACUAUGGAGAAUAUCAUUUUGUGUAGUUACUAUUGAUAUAUAUAUAUGUGUUCGGCAGAAAUUUGGACACUACUUAUGUCGCUUUUUUAUAAACUGUAUCUGAAUGGAAACAAAUAUUUAGAUGAUACCUUUUGCAUGCACUGACAGCAACAUUCAUGACGGACGUAUAUGUUCAAUGUAACUGCCAGUUUUUUUCAUUAGAGGCCUAAAGCGUUCACUAGCAUGUAUCACAACAUUCCUCUCUAUAUUUUCGAAUCCCUGCUUAAUGCUGACAGUGAAGGGGUUGACAUUGCCAUGUGGAUAUUGGUUAGACUGUCGAUAUUUGUUUAAAUCCAGGCUUCAAGAAAGCCCUUGUUCAAGAACAUGCCGGCCGGUCAGCCCGAUACUAUUUGUUCGUAUGAGUGGGUGCAUAACUUGGGUCUUCCAUUCGUCGCAGUAGCCAUCCACGGCGUAAUGUUUCUCAGAAUUUUAAGGUAAAUUUAUUUGGUAAUGAAUACGCCUAAAAAAAAGCACGAUGCGCACUACGAUGUGUCCUUCAGUGAACACAACAACGUUUGACUUCAAAUGGCGUAGAAAGUUGAUAACAUUGGUGGAGGUUCGUCAGGCGCAAGGAAUGAGCAGUAAGUGACCUCUGCUUGCAUUUUGAAGACUGAUCUGUUAGGUCCGCCUUUACGCCUGCAAGGUCUUGUUCUAGCAAGAACCGUGGUUCUGAUAGUACCAAGAGUAACGUAUGAACGUAUGUCUGCAAAAUGUGUCUCAAUUUAUUCCGAACAUCUAUAUAUAUGUACAUAUAGUUUUAGCAGAAAUAAGCGGGCUCGUGUGCUACUUUAUGUUUAUCCAUUGUUGGAGAGACGGAUGGUUAUGUUGUCCGUGUAUAGCCCACAGCAUGUAGACUGUGACGAACUAUGGAUGAUGGCAAUACAUUACACAGCAAUGUGGUUCAUCAUCAGGUGGAAGGAGUUUUCCCGCGUUUUAUGAGUUGUGUUAAGAAUAAUAUAAAAAUAGAAAAAUGAAUAAUAUAUACGUAUGCAUUGUGUAAGUACAUACACACACAUACAAUAUGCAAAGGUAAUUAUGUCUACCGCUCGAUAUUCAUGUAUUUACAUAAAUAUAAAUAUGCAUACAUAGUACGAUAUAAAUCUGCUAUGUUAUUAAGUGCGCAUACAUCAUCCAGUUUGUUCGAGUGCUUAAUGUAUGUGUGCGUAUGCGACUGUAUGUUAGUAAAUGUCUAAUUUUUUGUCAUGUUUGUACCGUCAGUCAAAUGCCUUUAAUGUGUAUUUGAGUAUGCGCGUCAGUGAGUGCGUAAGAACAUUAUCUGUAUUAGGACACUAAAUUAGCAACAAAAAGCUGCUAUGGAGAUAUAGGUUAAAUAGAUGAAAUAAAAAUAGUCGCAACGAGCUGUAUACUCUAUGUAUUUAGUUUACAAAAACAAUAAAUGACUUAUUAUUAUUAUGCGUUCAAACACAACAGAAUCCGUGUAAACUUCAUAUAUUGUACUAAUAAGCAUGCUACCUUUUUAAUGAAAAUAACAAACAGGUCCUUUCUGUAUAUACGUAGAAGCACUUAGCAAUUAACCUAAUAUAAAUUCCAACAUAACAAAACCUAUUUCAUAAAAUAGGUCUUUGGCAUUUUUUGCCAUAAAAGUUUCUAAAAUUAGUAAAGUGUGCCGUAUCUUAUUCGUAUCAUAUUUUUCUGUGCACCCACAUUCAGAACCAUCCAUUUGACGAACUUUGAACAAAGAUAGGGGAGUAGUGUGGCAUCGAACAUGUUUCGACACUGUAUUAUUACCUUAUGUUACUUUAAUAAUAAGUGAACAUAGGCUAAGGUAUAUGCAUUUUUCUCUCCAAUCUCAACCGUAGCCAUUGUACCAUAUAAAUUUUCAAUCUAAAUUGUGGGAACACAUAAACAAUACGUUAACAAAAUAUUAUUUUUGCGUCUGUCUUUUGAUCCACACAAGUCUGUCUAUAUUGUACAAUACUUUGGAUAUUAUGUAUUCGCAUCCUACAGACUGACGUUAUUUAAUUGGCCCAUUGUAAUAGUAUAGACAUGAUCCGUUAUCCAGGUUCGAAGGUAAUACGUUGAAUUUUGAAGCAAAGUACCUUUCUGGCAAACUGAAUAAGCAAUAAAGGUGUACGAACAAUAUGACGAUAUUAUGCGAGUCUAACAGGCUUAAAAUGUAGAACUGCCACAAGCUUUUCUAUGGGUAGAAAAAAGGUGCGUCAGCUGUGUAGAACUACAGAAGUACUUCGAAAUUUACAUCGAAAAUUACACCCUUUGUCAAGACAAAAAUAUAAUUGUUGAGCCCGAGAUGUUAAGCCGUCUUCGUAAGUCUCGUACGUGGACCCGAUCGAAAUGAUAGAUUGAACAUAAACUGCAUAUGCCAACAUCUGCCUAUAUAUUUAUAAAAGUUAACGGUUUUGUCACUCAAAGAAAUUUCAGUUCUUCAUUCUGCUCAAAAAAUUUCCUUAUCGUACGAGCUUGAAUGGUCUGAUGCGAUACCUCUAACGACAGCCACCAAAGCAAAAUACAAUUGAUGGGAGUGAUAAGAAAACAAUAAGAAUGAUAUUUAGGGAAUCGCUUAUUGAAAUGGUGAUACAAAUAUAUAAGUAUCAUUUUCAUUGUUUUGUAUUGUAUUAAAACUAAUAGGUUGCUAUUUGGAGAAAGUAAAAGUAACGUGGGUUUUAAUAUACUGUACAGAUAUAGGGAAGAUCUUAUAACAACUUCCCCUUUGAAUAAUAAACAAAUUAAGGAAGCUUGGAAAAAAGCCAGAAAUUUAACAAGAUUAAUACGGUAUAUCAACGAAACGUAAGUCUCGGAGGAAGUACAACAUGGUCAUCUUCAAAGACCGUAUAACGUCAGUAAUAUCAUAUUUUCAUAAAACGCACCAGAGUAAUUAUGACUAUUGCUAACAACGUUAAAUACGAGUGCGAUUUUAUAUAUAUAUAUAUAUAUAUAUAUAUAUAUAUAUAUAUAUAUAUAUAUAUAUAUCGGAGCGAGAGUGAAUUUUUCCUGAACAGCCGUAAUUAUGCAAAUGAAACGAAGAAAGUUAGAUCAAAAACUGGGCUUUUCUUAAAGAAGCGAUCCAAAUCCCUAAAGAUCAGUAUUUAGAAAUAUCGUAACUAUGUGCUGAGUCGAUCGGAGGAAUCGUGUUCUACUAUACCUAGCAACAAUGUGUUUGUUGUUGCUAACGUAUUAUACACAGGAACUCACAUAAGGGUUAUCGCCAGAAACACGUUGAAAUAGAAAAUACGCCCGGUAGGGGGUUAUUAAUCACGGAUAAUUAUUCGGAUUACGCGGAUAAUCACAGAAAAACGCGCUAAACACGAAUUCUUUUGCAAAAUCGGUGAAGCAAGUGCUCUCUCAACAAAAGCUUCCAAAAGCAAAAAGCUCUUCAUACUGCCGCAUAACACAGGUAGCGUAGUAGACAAUUGCUCUAACUCAGGAGGAAUCAAACAACUUCACUAACAGAUUUAGAUAUUAAGGCAUUUAACGACGUUCUGCCAAUGAACUAAAGCUAAAAUACUGCGUGGCAGGCAAACGCCCACCGCAUGUUUAAAGUUAAUGCUGAGCCCAAAAGGGAAAAAUAGCCUUACGCAGCUGUACAAUAUCUGUAUGUUGACUAUAUAUUCAUUUUAGAGAACUCUGUGGAAAAUAAUUUUGCAAAUAUUCUUUGGAAAUGCAGAUCGCUGGAAAUAGUAAGACGACAGACAAGUAGCCUUCGGCAUGCGCAGAUUAACUUGUUCGCAUUGUACCCCGUGCUAUUAAUGUACAGCAACAUAUAAACCGCAAUGACGUUUAUCUAUGUGGCAUUUUGUUUCGUAUGUACUACGAAUACAAAGCUUUAUAAUGCGAACACAUUCUGGUUUAACUAAAGGGAACUUUUAGGUGACGAAGCUAAAAACAGUAUAUACAAAAUCAAUAUUUAGCAUGUAAACGAUAAAACAUUUGUUUAUUCUAAGCAAAUGCUAGCGAGCUCGAUGAGUGGAAGGGAAAAUGCUGGCUAGAAAUCCACUCGUUUGACGCGGUGGGUUGAAAACUACCCCGAACCUGCUGGAACUGAUCAUUAUUUCCAUGCCUAUAUUGUGUGAGUUCAUUGACACAUUGCUACCAGAACGAUAACCAGAGACUAGUAAUACCGUGGCAGUGUACGCUGCCUCAUGGUCUGAUAAAUAUUAGCAAUACUGCUAGCAGAGCCACGAAAGAUGGAAAGCAAAAUCAGAGUUCUUUUCAUUGACAUGAAUGAGUCGCUUCCACAGGUAGUGGUAGUCAAUGUAUUAGACGCUGUAUUGUAGAUUUCUGUGGCACAAUAAGUAUCGCGUCUGAUAAACGCGUCCAUUGUUGGCAUUAAUCGAGGCAUAGAUUAGGCGACCAAUGUUAAUAAAUCGUCCCACUGAUCCUAAAGUUUUCAUUGUUUAGUUGUCAAUCGUUUCCCGCUAUAAUUUUUUCUUUUUUUUGGAUAGGAAACAAGUCAGGAAAGCGUAAGGGAGCUUUUCUUUAAAGGAAAACAAGCCAAAAGUGUACCGUGUAACGAGGAACGUUUCACAUUUGUACAUAUGCGUACGUACAUUCGGAAUAUAAAAUACAUCAUCACUGUGUAAUGCAAACCUAGCCGCUCUAGGAGAAUUUAUAUAUAUAUAUAGAAAAGGAGAGAGAGAGAGAAAGAGAGAGAAAAAAAGGUCAUGGUUAAUAAUAAUAAGACACAAAAAUGAAUUAUUAUAGACUAUGAAUGUGUAAAUGUUAAUGAAAAAGUUAGUGAUACGGGAAACACAAUUGAUUCUUGAACUCUAUGACAACGGUACUAACCGUGUAACUACAAAUUACGGUAUGACAAACAGGAGUUAUUUAAUUCACAAUCGUUGAAUAAUAAAGUGUAUGCAUGUGGAAGUAUGUAUGUGGACAGUUACAAGAAUGUAAAGGCCCAAAAAAGCGCGAGAAUGAAGAGAUUGAAGAUGUCAAACCUUGUUCAAAUAAAGGAUAUGGCAAACCUAACAAAGGCCCCCAAGGAUAAUGAGUACAACGACCGCAAGGUUAAGGCGGUUGAUUAGAAUGUAGGCAUUUUUAUUGAUAGGCCUGUGACAUCUGUAAUGAUUCAAUAUUGCAAAUUUGGCCGAGGGUAGAAACACAAUAGACCGACAUUAACUAAACAGCAAUAGGAGAUCUCGGAAAUAAACUAAAAGUUUCAAGUUGUAACUAGCAAAUUGUAAUUAAGAUUAUGACGAGAGUUAUAUAUGAAAGUUAGAGAAAAGGAGAGCAUGACAGAGAAGGGCAUCAAUAGAGAAAAACCAAAAGGUUUUGUGGGAGACGAAAAGUGGAUUACCUAAUAAAAUAUUAAUAGCAUACAAACAACUAUCUCAUUCAUCUGUUCUGCCAGUAUAGGAGUAUGUUUUGACGACCUAUGAAAAUAACUUAUUUCUCGCUUCGAAGUUGAGCUUCUGUAGUGGCGUCACAAAGUGUAAAUAUAUACAUCAAGAAAAAUUUCAUAAUCUCAAUAAAAUAGAAGUAUGUUAAAUUUGUAACUCGAUAAUUCUGGUGAGAUCAAAACUAAACUCUACAUUAUCUCUAUUAGGUUCCCGCCUCGUAUAUAAGGCAGUCUUCUUGUUUCCACAGUAGUGGAGCUGAGACGUCAUUAAGACUAGAACCCGAAAGACAUCAGAAAAUCGAUAUUAUCAGGAAUCGGCCGAAUAUUUACUACAAUUUUCUUUGUAUUUCACAAGACAACCGGCAUCGCUUCGGUAAAAGAUGUAGUUUUGUUAAGGGAAACGACCGAAAAAAGACGGUGUGCAUUACGAAUUACUCUAGUCCUGAAAGCAAAAGGUGUGUUAGCGGUAAAAAAAAGUCCGCCAACAACGCUUAAGGACUCAAUCACCUUCCUAACCCAUUUUACAGUGCAUUCGGGUUUUCUUCGAAACAUAGAGGUUCCUUUUGUAAAUUGCACGCGAAAGCAAAUAAUGCAACAAUGGCGCAUACAGCCCACGGACGUAUCUUCCUCCUGACAGAUUUAAGUCCUCACUGACCGCAGUAAUCUGAUACCGGCCCUGGACUUGUAAAAUUUUGGGAGCAAAUUAGCUAAAGCGUAAGCUAAAGCGUACGCCAGGCACCAAUGCAACCAGCGAUCUUAAGGUACCACACUUAAAAUUGUAAUAAUUGUAACCUGUUUAUUUUAAGUAAUAUUUGUAGAACAAAUACAAUAUAAAUACCAUUCUUUAUUACCAAGCUUUAUUGGCCUUUUAUAUUCGGAUAUGUCAUGAAAUAGAAGUAGUAAAUGCGGUUGUUUUUAGUGUAGCACCAAAGGCAUACUGCUGCAAGUCCGACGUAUCUCCCUCCAAAUUAUAUCAUCAAACUUCUGCGUAGGUAGUAAAGAGUCAGCCUCAUGGCUCGGCCAAAAAAGAUUUCUCUAAUGUUUGUAUA